AUGAAUUUGCAUGAUGCUUUUCUUUAUGGUGACUUAGAGGAGGAGGUCUACAUGACAAUACUUUCGAGUUUUUGGGCUUCUGGUCCAAAUAAGACAUAUGGUGAUUACUCGUUGUUCUACUUAGAACAAGGUGUUAUGUGGUUGUAUGUUCUCAUAUAUGUGGAUGAUUUGUUGAUUGGUGGGAAUAAUUCAGGUGCUAUUUAUUGGUUUAAGGAGUAUCUGAGUGAAUGUAUUAAGAUGAAAGAUUUUGGUCAUUUAAAAUACCUUCUGGGUAUUGAGGUUGCUCAUUCUUCGCAAGUCUCUUGGCCGUUUGACACUCCCAAGGAACAGAAUCACAUGUUACAAAUUGAUGCAGACGGUCCCUAUGCUGACCCAGGACAGUAUCAUCGUCUUGUCAAGCGUUUAAUAUACCUCACGGCUGCACUUCGGGUGAUUCGCUAUCCCAAAGGUUGUCCGGGACAAGGGCUUUGGUUGAGUGCCAAUAGAGACCAAACACUCUCUGCUUACUGCAAUUCGGACUAUCAGUCUGUCCUCUUACACGGUGAUCUUUGUCAGAGAGAAAAGUUUAUGCGAGGUUUCUAUGAUUUUUUUGUGGAGUUUGUGCCUUUUCUUGAGGAGAUAUUUGCUUGUGGCUGGGGAUCUAAGGCUAAGAAUGUGACUUUUCUGGACGUUUGUGGUGUCAAUCUCUCUGUUUUGCUAAGCCUUUGGGAGAGUCUUGGCCAUGUUAGAGGCGGUGGAAAGCGGAGAUUAUAA